GUCGGAUCACGCGCGCCCUCUUCGAACCAUCUCAUCUAUCCAACAAACACGCUUUCUCUUCUCUUUCCCCUUUCCUUUGUCAUUAGGGUUUUUACUGUUUCGAUUUUGACUUCGGAUCAACGUUCUCAUCUGCACUAUUUCAUGUUGAAUCCUAUUGAAGAUGCAAAGCAAGAAUAUAAUUUAUGUUAUUUGAUUUCCUCACGUUUUCUUCAUGAUUUUCGAAUCCGAUCUUUAUAAAUUUAGUUGAGGAGUAGAAGAAGAUACUUAGGUGAUUUGGUACAAGAACUAAGCCGAAUCAUCGAUUUCAGCAUGCCGUUCAGUUGGAAGAAGAAGACUAGGUGCACGAGGUUUUCGCAAUUGGUGGCUGAUCAUCUUCAAUCCCCGAAACACGGUGGUUCUCUUGUUGUGGAAACUGGUUUUCCAACUUCUCUUAUUGAUCUCUACGUCAGGAAUCGCGGUCGGUUUCGUAAAUCUUCAGCGAAGAAACAGAGGGGGAAUGAUUCACCGACUCCCUUAUCGUCGUCAUCAGAUUCGUUGGUAGAUUCAAAUAAUUUGUCGUCUGGUGUUUCGGAUUAUAGGGGAAGUGAUGAAAUUAUCGAAGAGGAUGUUGUUAGUGGUGGUGGUAUGGUUGUGAGUGGCAGUAACAUAGAAAUUGACGAUUCGAGUAUAACUGAAGUAGAAAGGAGCGUUGAAAUGGCAAAGUUGAAUCCGGUAGUUGCGGCUGCGUUGAAGGUUUUGUUUGUGGUGGUUUUGAUCUUAGGCACAAAGAGGUUUAAGUUUGGGAUUACAGUGUCAGCUUUCCUCCUUUUCUUUCUGGAAUUGGUCGGGAAGCCAUUGUUGGGGAGAUCGAGUCUGACAAGACCUGGUGUAGAUUCAAAAACACUGUUUGAAUCUAGUCCUCAUGGAACCAAGAAUAUUAAAGAUUCAAAAGAGAAUGCAACUCUUUUUGUUUGCAGUGAAGUGGUGGAGAUUGAAGAACAAGUAGAUUCACAGGAGGAGGCUAGAUCGAAGAAAGAAUUAGAUGAAGUGAGGAGUGAAGUUUUGAUGGAAGUUAGGCAUAAGAGUUCUCGUAAAGCUCUGAUGAAAUCGAGGAUGAAGAAACUUGUACCUAAGAAACUACGAAAAUCUUCCAUGGGUUCGAAAGGCGAAAUCUCUUGUGGGUUGAAGGAAGAAGAAACAGUGAAACGUGCCCAGGAUCUCAACCCAUUAGUCUUCUCUAGUGAAUACUCAGAAUCAAAACUUAAGAUCUUGUGUGCUUCAAAGCAAGAACCGAACAAGAUUGUAGAAAUAGAAGGACCAUCUUCAUCCUCAACCCUGUUAAGUGAAACUGAUUGCAGUAACAAGAAAUUAGGGAAGGAAUCACAACAGAAUUAUGGAUGUUUGGUUCUAUGCUUGAUUGUUCUUAUUGGACUGAUUGGAGGAAGGGUUUUGGCUCUUGUACUUGCACUAUCUUGGUGCUUUAUACAGAAGAAGUCACAUGGAGAAAUGUAAAGUUUCCCAUCUCCUAAUCUAGAUUCGUUGUUUUACAAUUUGUUCUUUCUUCUUGUUUCUAAAUCUCUCUUGUUACCUACUUGUGCACAACUUCAUUUGAGCAAUAGAAGUAUACCUAUACCAUAAAUGUUCU